AGGGAUAAAAAUGCAGCCUGGAAAUAUAAACAAGUCAGUAGCUGCGUUUCCAUCGACUGUAAAAUUGCGGAAACUGGAAUUACGAAAAUAAAUCAGCUUAUAGCAAAUACACCGAUUUUGAAGAGUAAUUCAAGUUUUUCGAUAAAACGUUUCUGCGCUAGGAUAAGGUGUUUUUAACAGUUGUUGCAAAAAUGCAAUGUGAUCAAUAACCGGAUGUGACUACUGGCGGAAAAGACAGACAACGGCAGGAAGUAGGUGAAUGAUGGCGAGAUGUUUUUAUUCAUGUGUGAUUUUAAUUUUAUUUCUUAUUUAAUGGAAACAGUCAUUGCCAAAUGUAUUUUUGACAUUAGUAUAAAUAUGCAUUACCACCAUUACUCUGUUAUAAUUUGAGUACUCUACUAACCUCUCUGUGAUAUUUACUGUAGUACUCACUGCCAAAAUUAGCUUAGCUUUCAUCCACAAGCUAAGAUGGACAUAGACUACAUGUUUAUCUGCCUGCCACCAGAACCUUGUUAUUCAUGUGAAGAGUUCCUUUACAAAUCCCUUUAAGCAUUGAUUUUAUGCGUCCAUAGAUUUCAGGUCUUGAAACUCCUCCAUGAUGUUUGCACUCUUCACCAGGUAGUGAACUACAUCAGAGGCAGCUUGUCCACUUCGUCUGACAUGUUUUCCUUCUCCAUCUCUUUCGGGUCAAUCCCGACAGCAGCCAUUUUGUUCAUGUAUUUUUCUUUCGCACAUUGGUUUCUACACUUUUUUCAUUUUGUUGGUCUCGAAUCCAUGGGUCUUGCCUUCUAAGAUGACGCAGAUCACUUCCGGUUCAGACUUGUGGGAACUAUGCAUCGUUUGUAAUCCUAAUCCAGAUGUUGUGAAGCUCCGCCCUGCCAGGUAUUUCACACCCUCACAUUCUAACUUAUCUCCUCCCAUGAGAUCUUCUCUCCCUUCUGCAGCAGUUUGGGUCCAUCCAUGCUGUGGACACGCCCCCUCCAUCAGUGGGCGGAGCUUCUCUCUCUCUUCCCCCCCCUCCUAUGGGAGUAUUUAGGUGGAGGCGAGGCGGUUCUGGUCCUCAGCAUCAGCAGCGGCUGCAUCAUCCGGACGGCAGGCUGGAGCCCUGGUACUCGUACACCCACUGGUUCCCCAUGGCUUCGGCCCAUGUGAUGAAGGACGGCGGGCCGGAGCCGAUACCGCGCAUGCAGCCCGCCAUGAUGAUGUUCUCCAGCAAGUACUGGUCCAGGAGGGGGAUGUCUCUGGACUCGGCCAUGUUUGACCAGCACAACCACCAGCAUCAGCAGAGGCACACCGGGGGACAGAUGUCCAGACGGACAUCUUUUUGUCCAAUCAACGAGAAGCCCGAUGGCGAAAACGCAGAGGAUUCUGGGAAAACAGCAGUGGUGUUUUCUCUGAAAAACGAGGUCGGCUGUCUGGUCAAAGCGCUCAGACUCUUCCAGGAGAGACGGGUCAACCUGAACCACAUCGAGUCCCGGAUGUCGAAGCGGGUUCCUAACGAGGUGGAGAUCUUUGCCGACUGCAAAUGCAGCAAGAAAGAGUUCAACGAGCUUCUGCAGCACCUCAAAGAUCACGUCAACAUCAUCUCCUUCAACACGCCUGCACAUGUUUGGUCGGCUGAGGCGGACGAAGAGGAUGUUCCCUGGUUUCCCAUGAAAAUCUCAGAGUUGGAUCAGUGUUCACACAGAGUGUUGAUGUAUGGGUCGGAGUUGGAUGCAGACCAUCCUGGGUUUAAGGAUAACGUUUAUCGUCAGCGCAGGAAGUACUUUGUGGAGGUGGCCAUGAACUACAAAUUUGGGCAGCCCAUCCCUCGGAUCGAGUACACCUCCGAGGAGGUGAAGACAUGGGGCGUCGUGUUCCGGGAGCUGACCAAGCUGUACCCGACCCACGCAUGCAGAGAGUACCUGAAGAACCUGCCGCUGCUCACCAAACACUGUGGCUACCGGGAGGAUAACAUCCCCCAGCUGGAGGACGUCUCCCGUUUUCUCAGAGAGCGUUCUGGCUUCACGGUGCGACCUGUGGCCGGUUACCUUUCCCCCAGAGACUUCCUGGCUGGUUUGGCCUACAGAGUGUUUAACUGCACUCAGUACAUUCGCCACAGCACCGACCCCCUCUACACACCAGAACCAGAUACGUGUCAUGAGCUGCUGGGUCAUGUUCCCCUGCUGGCCGACCCAAAGUUCGCCCAGUUCUCCCAGGAGAUCGGCCUGGCCUCACUGGGAGCGACUGAUGAGGAUGUGCAGAAACUGGCCACGUGUUAUUUCUUCACCAUCGAGUUUGGACUCUGCAAACAGGACGGUCAGCUCAGAGCUUAUGGAGCGGGAUUACUGUCAUCCAUCGGAGAGCUCAGGCAUGCUCUGUCUGAUAAAGCCUGUGUGAAGAUGUUUGACCCAAAGACGACCUGCAACCAGGAGUGUCUAAUCACCACCUUCCAGGAUGUUUAUUUUGUCUCUGAGAGCUUCGAGGAGGCAAAGGAGAAAAUGAGAGAAUUCGCCAAAUCCAUAAAGAGGCCGUUCUCCGUGUACUACAACCCGUAUACGCAGAGCGUAGAUCUGCUAAAAGACACGCGCAGCAUUGAGAACGUGGUGCAGGACCUGCGCAGCGACCUGACCACGGUCUGCGACGCCCUUGGCAAGAUGAACACCUACCUGGGCAUCUAAGGCUGACGCAAACCCAACCACCUCAGAAACACUAAAUAUUACCAAGUAUUUUUUAUCUGGUUUCUAGUUUAAAUAUCUUAGUACACUUGAAAUAAGGCAAAAUUAACUUACAAGUUACUUUUCAGCAAGAUAUAGAAGCCUGCACUGAUAAAUUGGCUCAGAUUUCCUUAAUUUUGGCAGAUCAGUGAUCUUAUCAACCUCAGCAAAGAUCCAAAAAUCAGCCGCUGUCCUCUUCGGCUCUGCAGUGAGAGGUUUGACCAACAGACCGGCCCAUCAGGUCACGUCUGCAGUUAAUGAUGGUCAACCCACUGUUGGCAAUUCAACAACUUCUUGCUACAUUUAGCAACAUUUCAGACAAAAAUCAUUAUUGGCCACAUUUGGAAUUGGAAGGUCAGGAUUUUUAUAGUUCGGUAAUCAGCGAUCUGCCACAAAACUGCAAGCAGUGCACCUCUACCUGUAUUACAUAAUAAUUCCUUAAUAUUGACUUAAAUUGAAUAUAUGACAAGACAUUUUUCCAUGUUAAAAGUGAAAUAAUCCACCAG